UCGCAACUUCCAAACGACCCCUGAGUGAAUUACGAAGACCAAGAUUGCGGACCGGGUACGAAUCAAAGGUUGCCAAUGGUUUCGGCCCGAAUCCAUGUUUGGGGCCUCCACGAGAUACGAAGAUCAAUCCAAAACUGCGCUUCCCAGAAACAAAUAAACUUUCUGUCUGUCGGCCAGCCUCUCAGAGAAUCGAUUUUGAAGAUUUGUUCCUUCUCCCAUUUAGCCAUUCUCUUGCACUUCAUCAGUGCCUUGAACUGAAGUGCUCAAUCCCGCCAUCCCAUCUAGGCGCUUCGCUCCUCUACUAUUACCAUCCAAUUGGCUCUCGGAAGCCCUUGGUUUGAAAAUAUCGGCGCCGGGGACGCCUGGAAUCUCCGACUACACGCGCAUAUAGCCGCUGCGGAUUGCGACUGUCGAAGAGGAGCGUAGGAGAACUACACCUCGUCGGGCAGGCUACUCCAGCAGCAGCAGACUUGGUUCUAUGGCGUCGUCUACGGUUAGCUUCUGUAUAUCGUCUCUGUUUCGAUGGUGUCUAAUUGUUAUUGUUUAUUAGAAUGGAAAGGAAAAAGUCUUGCAUAGAAAUCAAAUCAGAAUGUUAGGAUGGAGAUGGAGCCUUUUCUUUCAGUCUGAGUCAUAUACAAAACCAAAUGCCGUCGUCCCAAGUCCCAUUUCAAUUUCUCUGUUUCUUGUUGGCCAAGUGCCGGAUUUUCUGAUUUGAUACUUCUUCUAAUUAUGAAGAGAUUGUUGUCUAGGCGGGUUACUUUUGUGGUGGAAAAUAUGGGAAUUUGGGUGUUGAUACUCUGUUAGCAGGAAUGAAAUUAGUUGUUUAGUGGCUGGAAAUCUUAAUAUUUAGAAACUUAUUUAAGGACUAGUGAGUGGAAACAGUGGCUUUGGAGGAGAUAGAAUCAAGUGAUGCAGAAAGUUUGAUAUUGUUACCAUGUCCUUUUUUUACAUUUUCAUCUAGACGAGCUGGUAAAAUAUCAGAACGAUUGGAUUCCUGGAAGAGAUGAAUCUGGCAUGAUCAUUUGUAGAUGAUCACAACGGUGUGUGUUUCUUGCAGGGAACUUCUUCCUUUCCUGCUCAUUCCGUUGUCAAUGAACGGAGAGAUGAUGAAAGAGUGGACUCAGAGUAGGAGAAGGAAGUUAAUUUAGUAGUUCCUCCUAGGUCUGUUGCCAGUCAGCAUUCCCCUAGAGCUGGUUGUUGCCAAGACUUGGCUAUGCAGCGAGACGACGAGAGUGAGUGCGAUAAGCUGAAUUCUGAUAUGCGUUCAAUCCAUGCAGCGUAUACUGAAGUUGAUGCUAAAGUUGGAGCUGAAGAUUUUGGUACUAGUACCUGUAACUUUGAAGAAGACUUUCUGAAAUUUAAAAAAGCUCCCACAGUAGCGAUGGGGUAUGCCAAUGACUCCCGUAGUGCAAACCAAAAUGGUGCUACUGCCGCUGCUGGUUUUGACUUGCGACGUUUGGACUCGGGAUGUAGUAGUAGCUCUGAUUUUGCAGAUGACCUUGACCAUAUUGUACUGAAAGAACGGCAAAGAAUGCUGCUCCUGUCAAGGAAUAUGCUGAAGCCUGUAAUGAUAUCCGCAGAGGGAUCUGCUAUGGUUGUAAAUUCACUUGACGGGUUGGGCUGUGCACCUGCCAGCGCAAGUAAUACUCCUAGCUCAAAUCCUUUGGAUUCAGUCAUAGUCAAGUCGGAACCAUUGGAUCAUAUUCAAGUAACCAAGCCAGAUUUGACUUCCUUGGACAUGUUUCCUCUGAAAAGUGAACUGGACAGCCCCAAAGGACCUCAUGGGGACGACUUGGACUUGGACCACAUGCAAUUACAAGACAGGAUGAAGCUCCAAGCUGCAAAUGGUAAUUCUACAUCAAAACCCUCUGGGUAUUUCAGUACCUCCAGGAAAGCAAUUCGAUCAGAAUCAGGUGAUCAUCCUUUGCCUACAGAAGCUCCAGACCCAAUAAAGAUCAAUCGUAUGCGUAAGCGAAAGAAAACAGCCACGGACUCUGUUGAGACAGCUCUUGAGGAAGAUGCUCCAGGACUUCUAAAAGUACUUGUUGAACAAGGAGUAUCGGUUGAAGAAAUGAAGCUUUAUGGAGUGGCCGAUGGUGAUGAUGAACCCAUCGAUGAAUCAUUCAUUGAAGAUGGGUUUGCAGAUCUUGAAGAUGUUAUGACAAAGCUGUUUUUCCAGCGGAACUUCCUGCUAAAGCUUGCUCCAAUACGUGCUGCAAACCUUGCAAAGCCCAGUUAUUGCUUAUCAUGCUUAUUCUCUCUUGUGGAGCAGGCUAGGUAUCUUCAGUUCCGUGAUUGGCCUGCUCAAUGGGGCUGGUGCAGAGAUCUCCAAUCAUUCAUAUUCGUCUUUGAGAGGCAUAAUAGGAUAGUGCUUGAGCGUCCUGAGUAUGGUUAUGCGACAUAUUUCUUUGAGCUGGUGGAUUCACGGCCAAUCCAGUGGCAGAUCAAGCGCUUAGUAACUGCAAUGAAACUCACUGGGUGUGGAAGAAUUACGCUAAUUGAGAACAAACCCUUAAAGGUUGGAGAAGACUUGAGUGAGGGGGAAGCGAAGGUGCUAAUGCAGUAUGGUUGGACACCGAAUACCGGGUUAGGAACGAUGCUGAACUACUGCGAUAGGGUAGUCCACGACAGGAAGAGCGAGAAGGAGAGGUUGGAGUGGAGGUCCAAAAUAGGGAAGCUGUUGAUGGAUGGAUACAAUGGGGGAACUGUCGUCUCUGCUAUUAUGGAAUCGGCCACAGACUGGAACAGUGGUGAGUUUACUGAGGUUAAGACAGAGUUGUGAUGAGCUUUUUAAUAUUGCGGUCUGUCCCAACCGGGCUGGUUGAUCGAAUCAAUCUAAGUCAUUGUGCAGUCUGUUUAUUUGAGAUGUAAAAUUUGAGUAGAAGCUGAUAUUAACGUGGAAGGAAAGAAAAGAGAACAUAGUUGAAUGUUACUAAAAAAUUAUGGCUUCAGAUCAGGUCAGCAACUUUAGUAUAAGUAACGGUGAGUAAUCUAUACACAUCAUCGUGACAUUAGCAUCCUCUAUUUUAUGGAAAGUCUUUAAUAUUUUUCUCUUUAAUAUUUAACGGAUGAUUUCUCUCUCGUUUUAGAUCGGAAUUUAAAUUUUUUCACAAAUUAAUUGUGCUCUUCAAAAUGAUAUCAACUUUGAUAUAUUUUAAGGAAAAAAAUUAAGACAUUUUUUACGA